AUGUACAACCCCGAUUUCUCACAGCCAUGGCACUUCAGUGAUGUGGUACUGUCAGUGGAUGGGACCAAAUUUCACGUUCACAAGAGCACCCUCUCAAUAUGGUCCCCAGUAUUCGAGAAAAUGUUCAAAUCCGACUUCGCAGAGAAAGAUGCCAAGGAGAUAGAAUUACCUGGGAAAAAGGCCCCAGAGGUUGAAGUACUCCUUAGAAUCGUGUACACACAUGGGAAAGGUCAAAGAGUAACAGGUAGUGAAUGAUAGAAAUUUGUAAAUUUUCUCGCGCCUGAUUUUUCUUUCCUGACAACAGUCUUAAUGUUAUAUGUUCAAAUCUUGUCACCAGUUUACUCUGCGCUUGUCACCAGUCUUAGCAAUACAUCGAUGUUUUCCGCGCUUAGCUUGGCAUAAAUCCCGCGUUUAGCACUAGUUGAAUGCUUUCAUGUGAGCCUGUCAGCACUGUUGCACUUGAUGAUGGUUGCAUUCUUUCCCGCGUUUACACUAAUGCCGUAAUACAGCAGUCUUAUUUUUUUAAAAUCACCGUUGCGAUGGCUACAUGAUAAAUCGCGUCUUUCGCGGCAAAAAAAUGUUACAGUUGUUGAAAGUGUAAUGGUUUGGUAUUUCAUAGGUUUUUAUAUGAUAUAUAGAAAAUUACAUGGUCGCUUGGAGGUGCAAAAUUUCUUUUCUCUUGUUGAAAAAUAUUUCACUCGUUCGCGAACACUCGAAGAGAAAUUUCGUAUCUCCAUGUAAUAUCCUAUAUUUAGAGGUUACAUGACACACUAUGACUUUUCUUUUGGCAGCUGAAAAUUAUCAAUUUCUGCUGGAACUUGCUGAGGAAUACCAGAUGGAGAGAGUCAAAGAGUUAUGCUGCGAGUUUCUUUCUUGCAAUGUUCAAGAUACCAACUGUGUAAAAUUCUACAUGAUUGCAGAGAAAUUCUCUCUCCAGUCUAUAAUGAACGAAACACUCCAAGAAAGUAAAUUUCUACCUUUAACCUCUUUAGAAAACGAUGAAUGUUUUAAGGAACUUCCUGAUAAAACAAAGUUAGAUAUUCUCAAGACUAGAAUACGCGAACUGGAAAAGACCCUUGGGGAGUAUGUCAAUACGUGCCACAAUCUUGUUACCAGUGUGUAUAAGAGUGUAGCCGAGAAAGUACAGAGCGAUGAAUGUGAUAAUUAUGAAGUCCACCGUUGCGGUGCAAAUGAGCGUUUUAAACUGUCGUGUAAGUGCUGCAGACGAAGGGUUCAGAAUGCCUUUUGUGAGUUGGAAUAUUGGGAUUUUAGGACAUUGUUGAACAAACUGUUUGAUUUGAACAACUGCAACAGAACAGCAAGGCAAUUUAAGAACACGGGGACCUAA